UCAGAGUGUGGGGUCCUAGAAGACUCAGAGCGGGGGCUCUAAGAGGUUCAGGGAGGGAAGAACAUUUGAGAGGAGUCAGGCUCAGAGCUGAAGGUCCAAGGGUGCUGCAGUGAAGGGGCGCUGAGGAAGGUGAAGUCUGAGGGGUCCAGAAUAGGGGGAUCCGACGAGACUGAGAGUGGACGCGUGUGAGGAGACUCAUCCGAUUGGUGGCACAAGGGUGCUCAGAAUUGGGUAUCUGAAAGGGCUAGAGGAAGGUCCAUGGGGACCCUGAAUGUUGGUGUAGAGCCAGUCUCAUGGUUGCAAGUCUGAAGUUGUCAGGAUGGGGUCUCAAAUUAAGGUGUUUAAAGGGGCUGCGGGAUGCAGCCCUGGAGGCUAUGUGUGGAGCUCUUGAGAAAGGCUCCCAGUGAGGUCAGAGGAUGCCCUCUGUGAGAGGCUUGAGAGGGCAAAUAUGUGUACUUUGAUGGGCCCUUAGUGGAUGGAUUUUGGGGGAGUGUUCUGGGUGCUCACUGUCCUGGGUGUCCUGGAAGGAGCCUGGGGACUCACUGGGUGGCUUUGAUCAAGAUGCCAAGGACUCAGAUUUUAGAAACGAAGUGAGUUUCACUACAGGGCUGAGGACUGGGUGCAUGGAGUUGGUGUCGAUGGAGGAUCAGGACGCCAGGGUCCCAGCCCUGGAACCAUUCAGGGUGGAGCAGGCACCACCUGUAAUCUACUAUGUCCCUGACUUCAUCUCCAAGGACGAGGAGGAGUAUUUGCUUCGACAGGUCUUCAAUGCCCCAAAGCCUAAGUGGACCCAGCUCUCCGGGAGGAAGUUACAGAACUGGGGUGGGCUCCCCCAUCCCCGGGGGAUGGUUCCUGAGCGGCUGCCCCUGUGGCUCCAGCGCUACGUGGACAAAGUGUCUGAUCUCAGCCUUUUUGGGGGUCUCCCAGCCAACCACGUCCUUGUGAACCAGUAUCUGCCUGGGGAGGGCAUCAUGCCCCACGAGGACGGGCCACUGUACUACCCGACUGUCAGCACCAUCAGCCUGGGCUCCCACACCAUGCUGGAUCUCUACGAGCCGCGGCAGCCAAAGGAUGAUGACCCUACAGAGCAGCCCCGGCCCCCACCCCGGCCGGCCACCUCGCUGCUGCUCGAACCGCGCAGCCUCCUGGUGCUCCGUGGCACCGCCUACACGCGCCUCCUCCACGGCAUCGCAGCCGCCUGCGUAGACGCACUCGACGCUGCCUCCCUGCCUCCCAACGCGGCCGCCUGCCCGUCUGCGCGGCCCGGAGCCCGCCUGGUCCGCGGCACCCGCGUCUCGCUGACCAUCCGCCGCGUGCCCCGCGUGCUGCGCACCGGCCUCCUGCUCAGCAAGUGACGCCGGGCCCCGGGACCCGCUCCGACUUCGGACGGCUGCGUCCCUGUGACCUUGGAACCCUGGGGCAGAGGCAGCUUUCCUGGGUUAUUUCCCCAGUAACUAUGGGAGCCACAGGAAAAGGCCCCAUUCCAAAUAAAACAAAACAAAACAUC